AGAAAAAGAAAUUAAAAAAAAACCUUCCUUUUACUGCGAGAGAGAAUCCCCAUAUCUUAAUCAUCUAAAAGGGUUUUUAUCCCUAAUUUUCUAAUCCCUCAGCUCAAAUCUCUUCCCUUCUCUCUCAUCGAUCGCCGAUCCAAUUCUCGAUCGAUCGAGGAGAGGAAAGAAGGAGAAUUUUCAAGAUAAUUCUGAUCUCUUAGAGUUUUCUUUUCCGGCGAUCUUUUCCCCAAUUGAUUACCGUCGUAGCUAGGGUUCUCUUGGAUUCCAAUGGCGCGUUAGGGUUUUUGAGGAAGCGAUCGAGUUGCAUGGGUGAGGAAGAAGAAUGCCGGAGCUACGGAGUGGGGCUCGUCGGCGAGUAGGCGGCGGCCGCGCUCAGCAGAAGUCGACCGAUCUCAAUCGGGGUUUAGAUACUCGUACGCCCCGAACGGGGGUGAGAACUAGGGCGGCGGCGGCCAAAGAGGCGGCGAGGAAUCAGGGAGGGGGUUUGGUUGUGAAGGAAGAGGAGAAGAGAGGGAGAGGGGCAGGGAGAGGGAGAGGAGGUAGAAAGAAUCAAGUGGAAGAGAGGAAACAGGAGGAAGAGAAGAAAGAGGAGGCGGAGAAGAAGAUGGGUGAUAGUGGUGGGUUGAGUGCAAGUGGGGAUGCAAUGCAAGAAGAGGAAGGGAACACAGCUCCUUUCCCCGAGAAGGUCCAAGUAGGAGGAUCUCCUCUGUAUAAAGUUGAGAGGAAGCUGGGUAAAGGUGGGUUUGGUCAGGUUUUUGUUGGUCGACGUGUUUCUGGUGGCAGUGAACGUGCUGUGGGUGCUGGUGCUCAAGAGGUUGCAUUGAAAUUUGAGCAUAGGAGCAGCAAAGGAUGUAACUAUGGUCCUCCAUAUGAAUGGCAAGUUUACAGUUCUCUAGGUGGUAGUCAUGGGGUGCCUAAGGUACACUAUAAAGGGAGGCAAGGUGAUUACUAUAUAAUGGUUAUGGAUAUGCUUGGUCCUAGCUUAUGGGAUGCAUGGAACUCUUCUGGACAAAUAAUGACAUCAGAGAUGGUUGCGUGUAUUGCUGUUGAGUCUAUCUCAAUACUCGAAAAGAUGCAUUCAAAAGGUUAUGUCCAUGGUGAUGUAAAGCCUGAGAACUUUCUACUGGGUCAACCCAACACUCCUCAGGAAAAGAAGCUAUUCCUUGUUGACCUUGGGUUAGCGACAAAAUGGAAAGAUGCUGGAAGCAGUCAGCAUAUAGAAUAUGAUCAACGUCCAGAUGUUUUCAGGGGAACUGUUAGAUAUGCUAGUGUUCAUGCACAUUUGGGGAGAACAGCAAGUAGGAGAGAUGAUCUGGAAUCUCUUGCUUACACUCUCAUUUUUCUUCAGAGAGGCAGGUUACCCUGGCAAGGUUUCCAGGGUGAAGCAAAAUCAUAUUUCGUUUGCAAAAAAAAGAUGUCAACAUCCCCUGAGUUACUCUGUGUUUCGUGUCCUCAACCUUUUAAGCAAUUUCUUGAGAUCGUGGUCAACAUGAAGUUUGAUGAGGAACCAAAUUAUUCUAAGUUAAUAUCGUUAUUUGAUGGGUUAAUUGGACCAAAUCCAGCAAUAAGACCAAUCAACACGGAUGGUGCACUGAAGGUCGGUCAGAAACGGGGUAGGUUGAAUGCUGAUGAAGAAGAUGAUGGUCAGUUAAGGAAGAAGCUUCGUAUAGGUGUUCCUGCCACUCAAUGGAUCUCAGUGUAUAAUGCGAGAGUACCUAUGAAGCAGAGGUACCAUUACAAUGUGGGAGAUUCACGUUUGGCACAACAUAUUGAGAGAGGAAUUGAAGAUGGCCUGCUUAUAAGUUGUGUUGCAAAUUGUGCCAAUCUGUGGGCUCUUGUUAUGGAUGCUGGUACUGGGUUCACCUCACAGGUUUAUGAUUUAUCACCAUAUUUCCUUAACAAGGAAUGGAUCAUGGAACAAUGGGAGAAAAACUACUACAUCAAUGCUGUUGCUGGUGCGAAUAAUGGGAAUUCUCUUGUUGUAAUGUCUAAAGGUACCCCAUACACGCAACAAUCGUACAAGGUCAGUGAGUCUUUCCCCUAUAAGUGGAUAAACAAGAAGUGGAAAGAAGGAUUUCAUGUUACAUCAAUGGCAACUUCAGGAUGCAAGUGGGUCGUCAUCAUGUCACGCAAUGCUGGAUUUAGUCAUCAGGUUGUUGAGUUAGACUUCUUGUAUCCGAGCGAGGGCAUCCACAAACGCUGGGAUAAUGGGUACAGGAUCACAUCGGUGGCGGCCACUUGGGAUCAGACUGCUCUUAUACUAAGUGUUCCUCGGCGCAAGCCUGGGGAAGAAACACAGGAAACCCUCAGAACCUCUGCUUUCCCCAGCGCUCAUGUUAAGGACAAGUGGGCAAAGAACCUCUACCUUCAUUCUGUGUGCUAUGGUCGAACUGUGUCAUGAUACUUACUUCAGGCCAACCUUUUCCUGACUCAAGAAGAAGCAGGGUUUUCGAGCGGUCUCGUCUAACUUUUGAUGGCUAUUUCUGAGAACCAGAGAAGCCAGAGCAAUGGCAUGUCCCUUUUUUUUUUUUUGUAUAUUUUCUCAUACCAGAGGAGUUAGGAAAAAGAGGAAUGACAUUCGAAGGUUGUUCUCACUUAUUUUUCCUUCUGUAUAUUUCUAAUGCUUAAAACAAACGAACUGAUGUAGGAGUGACAGGGGACCUGAAGGGAGUAGUACUUUGUCUUCUAAAUGUCACGAAGGGUAAAUUUGCAGUAUAUCCAUUAUUUUUGAGUCUGCAAUUGUCGGUGGCAGAAUUCUGACAAUUUGUAAUUUUUAACCGUUUGUUUUCAUUUUAAUUUUUUG